GUCCCGGCGCCACCCGAAGAUUCUGGGUAGUGUAGUCCUGGCGUCCUGCUGGAGUGGCCCCCGAGCUGGUGGUUCGAGUGACCCCUUGUUCUUUGGUGGCGCUGGUGAGUGUGGCUCCCACGGGCCCUCGCUGCAGCCGUGCCCUUCCCGCGCGGAAAGGUCCCUUCCUGGUGCCUUUAAGGAGGAGGAAACCCUACCCUGCUGGAGCUUGAGAGUUUCUAGCGACUCUCCUGAACCUUUCGGUUCUCAUUCUGCCCCCUGUGGCUCCUGCCUGCUCAGAGAGGACUGCCUGGUGGGCCAGGGGAGGACUCCUGGGCUCCUGACAGCCCAGCCUCAGGCACACAUGGCAUUCAGAGAUGUGGCUGUGGAUUUCACCCAGGAGGAGUGGAUGCUGCUGAGCCCUGAUCAGAGGUCCCUGUACCGGGAGGUGAUGCUGGAGAACUACAGCAACCUGGUCUCGCUGGCAGGGAUUCCAUUUUCUAAACCAAAACUCAUCACCCAGCUGGAGCAAGGGAAGGAAACCUGGAGAGAAGAGAGAAAAUGCCCACCGGCCACUGGCCCGGCAGAACCAAAGCCAGAACUCCACCUCGGUCCCUUCUGCCCUCUGGACUUCUCCAGUCAGCAGUUCCGCAUGCAGCACACACUGUGUAGUCCCCCUCCCUGGAUCUUCACGUGCUGGUGUGCAGAAGAGCCUGUCCGGCCAGGAGACCCGUGCCCUGGGGACCAGCAGCAGCAGCAAGCCUCUGAUGGAAGUCCCUGGAACGAUAACGCAGACGGUCAGGAGAGAGAAGGCACCCAGCCUUUGUUUGGAAGGACAAAGAAAAGGACUUCAGGCGCGUUCCCCAGGCCGCCACCCCAGCGGCAGCCGGUCAGCUCUGGGGAUGGCAUCCAAGGCGUGGAGGUAGCGGCCAGCCCAGCUCAGACGGGGAACCCCGAGGAAACAGACAGACUGUUGAAGAGGAUAGAAGUCUUAGGAUUUGGAACAGUCAACUGUGGGGAGUGUGGACUGGGCUUCAGCAAGAUGACAAACCUGCUCAGUCACCAGAGGAUACACUCAGGGGAGAAGCCGUAUGUGUGCGCGGUGUGUGAGAAGGGCUUUAGCCUAAAGAAAAGCCUUGCCAGACACCAGAAGGCACACUCGGGGGAGAAGCCCAUCGUGUGCAGGGAGUGUGGGCGAGGCUUUAACCGGAAGUCGACACUCAUCAUACACGAGAGGACACACUCAGGCGAGAAGCCUUACAUGUGCAGCGAGUGCGGGCGAGGCUUCAGCCAGAAGUCAAACCUCAUCAUACACCAGCGGACACACUCUGGGGAGAAGCCCUACGUGUGCCAGGAAUGUGGGAAAGGCUUCAGCCAGAAGUCAGCUGUCGUCAGACACCAGAGGACGCACUUGGAGGAGAAGACCAUCGUGUGCAGCGACUGUGGACUGGGCUUCAGCGACAGGUCGAACCUCAUCUCACACCAGAGGACACACUCCGGGGAGAAGCCUUAUGCCUGCAAGGAGUGUGGGCGGUGCUUCAGGCAGAGAACCACCCUUGUCAACCACCAGAGGACACACUCCAAGGAGAAGCCUUAUGUGUGUGGCGUGUGUGGGCACAGCUUCAGCCAGAAUUCAACCCUCAUCUCACACAGGCGGACACACACUGGGGAGAAGCCUUACGUGUGUGGGGUGUGUGGGCGAGGCUUUAGUCUCAAGUCACACCUCAACAGACACCAGAACAUACACUCAGGGGAUAAGCCCAUUGUGUGUAAGGACUGUGGGCGAGGCUUCAGCCAGCAGUCAAAUCUCAUCAGACACCAGAGGACACACUCAGGGGAAAAGCCCAUGGUGUGUGAGGAGUGCGGGCGAGGCUUCAGCCAGAAGUCAAACCUCGUUGCACACCAGAGGACACACUCAGGGGAAAAGCCGUACGUGUGCAGGGAGUGUGGGCGAGGCUUCAGUCACCAGGCAGGUCUCAUCCGGCACAGGCGGAAACACUCGAGGGAAAAGCCUUACACGUGCAGGCAGUGUGGACUCGGCUUUAGCAAUAAGUCAGCUUUAAUCACGCACAAAUGGGUACACUUGGAAGAGAAGCCCUGUUUAUUCAGAGAGUGUGGCCAAGGCUUUCCCCAAAAGUCACACCUCAUCUUACAUCAGAUGACACACCAGGGCAAGAAGCCUUAUGUGUGCAAGACGUGUGGACAAGGCUUUAGCCAGAAGUCUCACCUCAGCAGACACAGAAGGAUGAAGUCCGCCCACCACAAACUGCGACUUCAGUCUGACCCUGAGGCCUACUCAGAGCAAUCUUCUGACCCCUUACACUCGCUUUGAGAGUGAAGAUGGUGGCGAGGACUGAAUAAUCAAACAAACACCUUACACUUUCAUGAAAUGCAUUCCGUAAGUGGUCAAAGGACAUUUGACUUCAUUUACUU